UUUAAACCCUUUAAAUUCUUUUUCAUUCCAAACUGUUCCCUGUUUUAGUUAUUCUAUAAUAAUAAUAAUAUUAUUAUAAUAAUUAUUAUUAUUAUUUCGUUCGCUUUCCCCUUUUUCAAUUUUUCCACUUUAAAUUAUGCAACGCGCGCUAUCUUUUUCUCUCUACCGAGCUUAGCCUGCCAUGUCAUCACAAACCGCCGCUACGGACGUGCCGGAGGCCCACGCACCGCUGCUCCGCGCUCGCCACGAUGUUACGCGAACCCCUGCGCUCGCGCUCCUUCUCGGCCGCGCCGGGCGCCGCGGCCCCUCCAUGCUGGUGCGGGAGACGGCGGCGCGUGAGCUCGAGGAGCGCCGCGCCGACUGGGGCUACUCAAAGCCCGUGGUGGCGCUCGACAUGUCAUGGAACAUGGCGUUCGUGGUCGUCUCGGCAGUGAUGCUGGCGUGCACUAUGGAUGAGCGACCGAACACGCCGAUCCGGGUGUGGAUCAUCGGGUACUCGCUGCAGUGUCUGGUGCACGUGGUGCUCGUGUGGCUCGAGUACCGGCGCCGGAGCCAGAGAGACUCGCGGCGUGGACAGAGGGCGCAUGACGUGGAGAGCGACGCCGGUAGCGUCGAUGAUGGCAAUGACAGCGAUGACGGAGAUGGGAGCUCUGGCGACUCGUCUCGCUCUGGAUUCACAAAGCGAUGUGAAUCAUUAAAUACUGGUGUUUCAUUCCUUUGGUGGAUAGUGGGCUUUUACUGGGUUGUCUCUGGGGGAGAUAUACUUAUGCAAAAUGCACCACGAUUGUACUGGUUGUCUGUUGUCUUUCUGGCAUUUGAUGUCUUUUUUGCCAUCUUUUGUGUUGUCUUGGCGUGCUUGAUUGGCAUUGCCCUCUGUUGUUGUUUGCCCUGCAUCAUUGCUAUUCUCUAUGCUGUUGCAGGACAGGAAGGUGCAUCAGAAGCUGAUCUUAGUAUACUUCCUAAAUACAGAUUUCGAAUAUUGAACAACGAGAAUAAGCCUAGUGGUGGAGCUGGAUCAAUGGUUCCCAUUGAAACAACCAGUAGUUACUUGGCAAAUGAACGACUACUCCUACCUGAGGAUGCGGAAUGCUGUAUAUGCCUCUGUUCAUAUGAGGAUGGAGCAGAACUCCAUGCUCUUCCCUGCAACCAUCAUUUCCAUUCUUCAUGCAUAGUGAAAUGGCUAAAGAUGAAUGCAACUUGUCCUCUCUGCAAGUACAAUAUUCUCAAGGGAAACGAACAAGUGUGACUGAAGUGUCUCCUGCUGUGUAUUUCCACAGCUGUUGUGUAUAUGUAGAUAUAUAAUUUCAAGACAAGAAACAGUUACGUCCCAACUUGGUGGGUUUUGAUCGUUGUUUUGCUUAACUGUUUCUGUAGAGAAAAGAUAUAGAGCAAUUAUAUAUGAAUAAGUUAGCGACUUUUGUCAAAUUUAGUAUUAUUAAGUCCUGUGUUUGAUUCGCUUGAAAGUUGUCCAAUUAUGGACUUUUUCUGACAGAAACUAGAUUGCUUCAUUUGCUACUGAUUGAGUAAUUGUAGGGUU